AUGAGUCUGCUCUGCAUCGUCUGUUUAUUAUCAAUUCCUAUUCAAAUACUUGGUAAUAUUAAAGAAACUAUAGUUGAAAAUCCAUUUUAUCUUCGUGCUCGUAUGCAUGAUUCUCAAACGGCUAAUGUUCAAUUUGAAAUAGCAUUAAAUAUUAAUCAGCGAUCAUGUCAAAUGUAU